ACACUGCGCGCAUCCCGCUUUAUGCAGCGGACCCCAAAAACAGCCCAGAUGAAUAUAACGAUGCAGAAAUGGACUAAAUGGGGGAGUUUGGAUACACUGUCGGAGGACUAAGUUUUCACUCACGAUGCUUUGUUUCUCACGAUUACUGUUUUUGCUCUUAUGUCUUUUCCUUAUCACCGAAUCUCGAAGGCACAGGAUGAGGAAAAGGAGGUGGACGGGAACGGCAGAAACGCACAAGCACGGCACGUCUUUAUCGGGGAAAGCCCAAGAUGGGACAAAAUCUCGGAAACUGAAAACCGAUCACCUGCUGCAUGUGGAUGAUCACGAUUUCACCAUGAGGCCCUCAUUUGGAGGCCCUGCGAUCCCUGUUGGUGUGGAUGUCCAGGUGGAAAGCUUGGACAGUAUUUCUGAAGUGGACAUGGACUUCACAGUGACCCUUUACCUCAGGCACUACUGGAAGGACGAGCGUUUGUCCUUCCCAAGCAGCACCAACAAGAGCAUGACCUUUGAUGGCAGAUUGGUGAAGAAGAUCUGGGUGCCUGAUGUCUUCUUUGUCCACUCCAAGAGGUCCUUCAUCCAUGACACCACCACAGACAACAUCAUGCUCCGUGUGUUUCCCGAUGGACAUGUGCUCUACAGCUUGAGAGUUACGGUCACAGCUGCUUGUAACAUGGACUUCAGUCGCUUUCCUCUGGAUUCCCAAACCUGCUCCCUGGAGCUUGAAAGUUAUGCUUACACCGACGAGGACCUCAUGCUCUACUGGAAAAGCGGUGACGAGUCGCUCAGCACUGAUGACAAGAUCUCCCUAUCCCAGUUCCUCAUUCAGAAGUUCCACACUACCUCGAGGCUCGCCUUCUACAGCAGCACAGGAUGGUACAAUCGGCUGUACAUCAACUUCACUCUUCGUCGGCACAUCUUCUUCUUCCUGCUGCAGACCUACUUCCCAGCCACGCUGAUGGUCAUGCUCUCCUGGGUGUCCUUCUGGAUCGACCGCAGGGCGGUGCCUGCCAGGGUGUCCUUAGGUAUCACCACGGUGCUCACCAUGUCCACCAUCAUCACUGGAGUCAACGCCUCAAUGCCCAGGGUCUCCUACAUCAAAGCGGUGGAUAUCUACCUCUGGGUCAGCUUCGUGUUCGUCUUUCUGUCUGUGCUGGAGUACGCCGCUGUCAACUACCUGACCACGGUUCAGGAACGCAGGGAUCGGAAGAUCAGAGAAAGGCUUCGAGAACAGUCACUGCCCUGCACCUGCGGCAUGUCCCACACCCGCACCAUGAUGCUGGAUGGGACGUACAGUGAAGCGGACACCGAGAGCCUGGCGGGAUACACCUUAGCCCCCAUCGUACCCGAGGAGAAGGAGAAGCAGGGCCAGAUGGUGGGCCACCUGUCCAUGAGCAGCGUGUCCACCAGCACCGGCAAGAAGAAGGGAUUGCGGGGUCUGCGCAUCAUCGAGAACACCCACGCCAUCGACACCUACUCCCGCAUGAUCUUCCCAGGAUCCUACAUCGUCUUCAACUUGAUCUACUGGUCCGUUUACUGCUGAGAACCCAUCCUGGCUCUGGCAGAAGAAUAAGGAGAAAGUGUUUUGGUUACAUGACAGAACCGUAAGCUGGGCCAAUAAUUACUGAAGAUCUUUGACAUUUUAAUAACACCAGACCUGCAUGAUGGAUAUGACAGUGAAUUUUAUGACAUCCAGGUUAGCCCAUGCUAAUUCCUGGUUCACAUACCAUACAAUAAAACUGUUUAACACGAUGACUUGACUUUACAUGAGCAGUAUGAGCUAGACAAUCCCAGGAAGGACGUGCAGCAAGCCGAUGGUAAUUAUUUCAGAGAGACUUGACAGCUUAUGAAAUAUUAGUAAUUACACUACUUUUAAAAGGUAAUUUGCCAUUAGGACUGGAUAUUUGUAAGUUACUGAUAGAGACUGUGGUCUUGCUUAGCUAGACAAUACCGUCCCUGAAGGCGUUUUCUAUUGUGUGUGUGUGUGUGUGGGGGGGGGGGGGCAGCAUGAUUAUUAUUAUUGAAAGGUUUGUUCAGUUGUUUUUUUCACUCACAUGCAAAAAAGCUUCUUGCAUUUCUUCCAUACAGUAUCAGAGACUAAAAGCAUCAGUAAGAUCUGUUUAUGUGUCACUAGGAACGAAUGACAGAUUCUGUGCAGGGAAAAUGUUUGAAAUUUAUUAAAUAACAGUCCCUAUUGGCCAAAUCUAUUUCUCAGUAACUGUUUUGUAGUUUCGUUUUUCUAGUUCAUUGGAUUAAAAAAUAACUCAUCAUUUACCAUCAGAUCUAAAGCUCACCAAGGCUAAAAUAAAAAAUAUCAUUCAUUAAUGUGGCUUUCUUACUAUACAGAGGAAAUGUUCUCCCACAUCUCUGAAAAACCAAUGAAGAAACUGCCUUUGGCUUCUUUUUAACUUCCUGGACAGUGGUGACAGUAUAUAUUAUAUACCAGUUUUGGUAACACUUUCCCAGAGGGGGGCCAAAUAAAUUAGUAUAUAUUACUUAUGUAUUAAUUAACCACAAACUAAGUCUUUGUUACAUACUGAUCUCAUGUUCGUUCAUCAUUAAUGAAUCAUGAUAUGUCUUUACCAAGCAGUUACUAUAUUUGUUACUAUAUCUUUAAUUCUGUAAACCUUUGUGAAUUACUGAAGGAUCUACAGAAGGAACAAUUAAUGAAUAAUACAUGUGAAAUAUUGAUCUCCGGGCGGCAUGGUGGUGCAGUGGUUAGCACUGUUGCCUCACACCUCUGGGACCCGGGUUCGAGUCUCCGCCUGGGUCACAUGUGUGCGGAGUUUGCAUGUUCUCCCCAUGUUGUCGUGGGGUUUCCUAUGGGUACUCUAGUUUCCCCCCACAGUCCAAAAACAUGCUGAGGCUAAUUGGAGUUGCUAAAUUGCCCGUAGGUGUGCAUGUGAGAGUGAAUGGUGUGUGAGUGUGCCCUGCGAUGGGCUGGCCCCCCAUCCUGGGUUGUUUCCUGCCUUGUGCCCAUUGCUUCCGGGAUAGUUUCCGGACCCCACCCAGUAGGAUAAGUGGUUUGGAAAAUCGAUUGAUGGAUGGAAAUAUUGAUCUCUUGUUUGUUCAUCAUUCAUAAAUCGUGAUCUUUUAUCGCAAGCAGCUACUGUAUUUACUAUUUCUGUUAAUUUGGUAAAUUAUUGUGAACUACUGAAGGAACAAGUAAUGAAUAACGCAAGUGAAAUGCUGAUCUUGUUUUUAUUCAUCAUUAAUGAAUCAUAAUGCAUCUUGUAUAACAUUUAACUACUAUAUUUGUUCUUAUUCAUGUACUUCAGUAGUAACUGAGCUACUAGUAAGUAUUUGUGCCCCAUCAAGUAAAGGAUUACUACUUUUUGUUUGUGGAUUACAAGGUCCAGUGAAAGUAUCAGAAAUUUUCAGCUGCAACUGUGAGUUACAAGAAAAACUGUGCCUGGACAAUUAAUCACUACAGUAUGUCCUACAUAUCGUCAUCAGAAAGGCAAGUUUCUAUCAGCAAUUCAUCUUUCUGAUCUUGAAAUUGUAAAAAUCUUCUAAGUGGUAGAAAAUAAUCAACUGCAAGAUGUGCAAAACAGCAUUGUACUUUUAAAUCUGCUUAGAC